AUGUUCGAUUCUACUUUCAAGCUCAAUACCGGGCGGGAUAUCCCUGGCGUCGGGUUUGGGACUUUUGAUCCCAGACACCCGGAAAAGGCAUACAAAGCCACACUCCACGCCCUCCAUGCUGGAUACAGACAUCUCGACUGUGCCGCCCUGUACAUAAACGAGGAGCUGGUUGGCAAUGCAAUCCAUGAGUUCCUCGAGUCUCGUCCUGAUGUUCAGCGUAAAGACCUUUUUAUCACUACAAAGGCUUGGAACAAUAUGCAUGAGCCAGGGGAUGUUGAGGCCAGCAUAAAGGAGUCUCUCAGGAAGUUAAGACUCGACUAUGUUGACCUUUAUCUCCUGCACUACCCCAUCGCCACGGAGAAGGAUGAAAAAGGAGGCGAGGUCAUGGGAGCUGAUGGGAAGUACAUCGUUAAGAAAGGACUCACAGAACAGCCGGAGCCGACCUGGCGUGCGAUGGAAAAAGUCGCACGAGACGGCCUUACCCGUGCUAUCGGCGUUUCAAACUGGUCUGUAUCUCGGCUUCGGUCUCUGCUGCAACUUGCAUCGAUACCACCGGCUGUCAACCAGAUCGAGAUUCACCCUUUCUUCCCCAACAGCAAGCUUGUCCAAUAUUGCUUUGAUCAUGAUAUCCUCCCCGUGGCAUAUUCACCUCUUGGAUCUCAAGUGCUUAGUUGUGGAGAUGGGGAGAAGGCUCGUGGGAGCCGGGCCCUUCGGGCCUUAGCCGGCAGGAAAGGAUGUGAUGUUGGACAGCUUCUCAUAGCAUGGGGCCUUAGACGAGGUUAUCCGGUACUUCCAAAAUCCUUCACGCAAUCGCGAAUUACGAGUAAUUUCCAACCCAUCGAACUUACACAGGAUGAAUUCGAGGCUGUUGGAAAUGCUCCGGAUGGAAAGUACACUCGAUUUGUUGAUCUUAGUAUCGAAUAUUCGUAUGACAAUUUUUGGGCGGAUGAAGAGGAUAAAUAG